AUGUCUUCAAUGAACUCGUCUGCAUCCCAUCACACAGAGAGAGGAUGUUUCAAAAAUUCCCAAGUGCUCUCAUGGACCAUGGCUGGGGCCUCCAUCCUGUUUCUCAGUGUCUGUUUCAUCACCAGAUGUGUUGUAACCUAUCGCAGCUGUCUAAUGUACGAGCAGAGGAAGUUACAGUCACACGAAACAGUCAAGGAGCUGUCCUGCUCCAGUGCCACAUCAGGUUCAGUCAAGAACUGCUGUCCUUUGAACUGGAAACAUUUUCAAUCUAGUUGUUACUUUUUCUCCACGACCACCCUGACCUGGCCGUCAAGUUUAAAGAAUUGCUCAGAAAUGGGGGCUCACCUGGUGGUUAUCAACACACCGGAAGAGCAGGAAUUCCUUUUUCAUACAAAACCCGAGAAGAAAGAGUUUUAUAUUGGACUGACAGACCAGGUGGUGGAGGGUCAGUGGCAAUGGGUUGAUGACACACCUUUCACAGAGAACCUGAGUUUCUGGGAUGCUGGAGAGCCCAACAAUAUAGUUUAUGUGGAGGACUGUGUCACCAUAAGGGACUCUGGAAAUCCCAGGAAGAAUUGGAAUGAUAUACCGUGUUUUUACAGCAUGCCUUGGAUUUGUGAAAUUCCAGAAAUAAGUCCUUCGAACUAA